AUGGUUUCUGCUUCCUCUUCCAUUGAAGGAAACGGCGACAUAAGUCCUCGGAUAUCAAUUGACUCGGUCAAUUUGAACGACGACUUGGCUGUAGAUGCCGGAUCAGAAAUCUCAUCAUCAUCGGUUUCGGUUAUCCACAAUAGCAAUCACAACAACAGUAACAGCAACAAGAGGAAAUCCGGAUCGGUUGUAUCGUUUCGAAACAGUAUAGAUGCUGAUUCAUCCUUCCUGUCGUCGGCGUACUUUUUUGCCAAUUCUCCACACAAUGUAAGGCAACAGCAACAGCAGCUGCAACUAAGUAACCGAGAUCAGAGCUUGAAGUACCAGCUUCACCAGCAACAACAACAACAGUACCAUGCACAACAACUACAGAAUAGACAAUUGGACUCUCUUUCACCCUUGGGGCCCAAUUCCAUAUAUAAACUUACUGUAGCAUCAGAUUUGUCUCGAAAGCAAAAGAACAGAUCACCCAAGAACCAUGUCACCAUCAACGGUGGGCUAACCACGGUUUAUAAUCUUCAUUCGCCAACAGUGGCCGCUAUCCCCCAAAUACAGCUACUGUCAUUAAAAACCAGGGUAUCUAAUGAAGAUUUGAAGCAGAAGUACGUUGACGGUGGCCUUGAAUCUGAAUUUAAGAAGUUUGAUUCUCAGGAGAGUAAGUUGACAGAGGGCACUUUACAGAAGCUCCAACAACAGCAAUUGCAUGAACUGGGUAAAGGAAACGACAAUGAAAACAAUAUAGAGAGAGUUACAGAAAUACAGGAUCAAAAUGAUUAUCUGGACUAUAAAGUACUGUCUUCAAUCCCACCCAUAUUCUCAGAUCCUUCAUUCAGACUUGAUGAUCCUAGAACGUUCAAAAAAGUUAUUGAAAACUCGAAGAUUAUAUCUACUAACGAUGAUGAUGCCGGCUUGAACCCUCUGGAUUACCUUGUAAAUAACACACAGCUCCAGGAGAAGCUCUCUCAUUAUCUUGACUUGGUUGAAAUCUCCCUUGUAGAGGAGAUUUCCAAGUCCUCCAAUUCAUUUUUCAACACCAUUGAUGAAAUCCAAGAAAUAGAAAACCAAUCUGGGCUAUGUAUGUCACAGUUUAACUCCAUAACUUCGCAGCUUGAAUCAAUCGAAACCGAAGAAUGUAUGAAGGGUUUAAACAUCCUUAAUAAAAUCAAGCUCCGCAAGAACGUAGAUCAGUUGGAAAAUUCGUUGCUUCAGAUACAACAGAUUUUGGGCUUAUUUGAGAUUUGCCAAGCACUUUUUCAAGAAUCCAAAUACACUGCAUGUUUGGAGCUGAUUGUAGAGUUGGAAAUCUUGAUAAACGAUAAUGGGAUGUUAAAACUCCCUGCGUUAUAUGAUUUACAAAAUGACUUGCACAAAUUGAAAGUAAACUGUACAAACCAGUACAUUAAAGAUUUUAUCAACCAGUUGGUUAAUGAUUUGCAUUCGCAUUACCAAUCUAUCCCAGUGCAAGAUUCCUUGAGCAGAAUGAGCGGCAAGAAAUCUGUAGUGACCACUACUGGAAUUAAUAAAUUCCAAGCAGUUGAUGAAGAAACGAAAAAUGUUCUCCGAGAAUAUGUCUCGAAUUUAGCUAGUUUGGGAAUGCUUGGACAAGCGUAUCUGGCAUACCAAGAAAGAAUAGUAAAUGAAGUUAAAGAAAUUAUCAAAGUAAACUUACCAAGAAGAGAUAGUGGUACACCAUCAAGAAGUAAUUCAGUUCCACCUCCACAGGAUUUACAACCAGAAGCCAAGAAAUCGCCAGAACCUCCAACUGGAAAUACAUUGAUGGUACCAUCAUCGUCCAACAAUGGGAGCGCAACUUUAUCAACAAACCUUAAAUCAAUGUCGUCGACAGAGUUCUUAGAGAUGCUCACAAGAACAUUCACAAAUCUUUCAGAAUGCCUUCGUAGACUCACUACACAUCAAAAGAUUCUCCUUGAUCUUGCACUAACUUCCAUUCCACCUUCCGAAAAUAUCGAUGUUAUGACAUUCGAUAUUACCCUUUCGAUAAAUAAGGCCAUAGAGAUUACUCAAAUCAGAUUAGCCAAAGUGAUUAAUGUGAGACUGGAGUUGAUAGCUGAUUUGCCUGUGGAACAGUAUUUGAGGUUUUAUUCAAUUUCACUGGCAUAUUUACAGGAGUGUGAGCUAAUAAACCCAGGAUUCAUAGCUAGUGAAGGAGGGAACUCGUUAAACGAUUGGUUAAGAAAUCAUAUUAACUAUUUUAUCCAUAGAUUACACCUGAAUUCCUUAAAAUCUUUAAUCCAAGAAUGUGACAAGGAAGUUUGGAAGGAAGUUACACUGGAAGAAAUUUUGAAAAAUUGCCAAAGUAUCGUCAACGAAUUGGUAACAUAUGCCGAAUUUGUGGAAAGUAAGGGGAAAAGUGGAUACUCUGGUGAUCAGUGGACCAAGGCUAUGGACCUACAGAAGGAUAUGGAUGAAAUCAAGCAGGAGCACGACUCGAUUGUUGCAAGAAUUCAUAUACUGCCUGACAGUAGACUUCGCAUAGGGCAUAAACAAUUUUUAAUUCCAUCAUUUAUGUUCAAAAGUUUACGAUCUGUCAAGGAUUAUAUAAUUUUAAGUAAGAUUUUCCCAAGCAGAACUUCUACUAUUGAAAAUGAUUUACUCAACUAUUUUAAGCUUUUAAAUUCCAGAACAUCACAAGCAAUCUUGGGAGCUGGUGCAACCAGAACUGCGGGAUUAAAACACAUAUUCCCUAAGCAUAUGGCUCUCUGCAUCCAGUUAAUCGGUUUCAAUACUGAAUUAUUAGAAAGUAUACAAAUCAUAUUCAAGAAUGAAAACAAUGGCAAUGCUAAUAAUUCUACUAAUGGCCAACAAGGUGGGGCUAAUAAUGCUAGCGACGAUUUAAAUUUUACCAGAAUUAUCAGUAACUACAAGGAUCAUGAGAAUGAGCUUUUUGGUAAACUUAUUUCAAUGAUGUAUGAACGUACUUUGAACCACUGCAAUACCAUUAAAACUAUAGAUUGGUCAGAACCAAUUAAAUCCCCUCACCAAUGCCACCAGUACAUGGAGACUUUAGUAAAAGAUACAACAACAAUUACAAAAGUGCUUUUGAAGUAUUUGCCUGAAAUCCAAUGUCAAUUAAUUUUACUGCAAGUCUUUGAUAACUACAAGAAACUUUUCGUAGAAUGUUACUGUACACAAAUACCCCAGUUUAAAGAUUUCAAUGAGAAACAUUCGUUGUUAAGAGACAUUGAUUAUUUUAGAGUUAAACUAGGGGAAAUACCAGGAUAUGGAAAUUCAGGACAGGUAAUUUGGGAAAAUAUUAACAGCAUGCCAACAAUUGAAGAUGCAAAGAUGGAAGAAGUUAUGAGAAAGAACAUCGAGAGAGAAAGAGGAAUUGAGGAACGCAAAUCGCUUGAGAAUGCUAGAAAGUCAGUUGAGGCUGAAAACAAUUCCAAGGACGAGGAUCAUAAAGUAGCGUCAAAGAACGAAGGGGAUAAUGGUUCAGAUGAAGUUCUCUUUGAUAUAAGUAAGGCCACUUCUGAUGAUAAUUAUGAAAAUGGAACCAGCCAGGUAACACUGGUGCUAUCUCAAAUAGAGGACAUUGGAAGCAAAAUUUCUAAAAAUGAAGAAGAAAGUCUUCCAAUUGAACCUGAAGUUGUUGUUACACCGAUGGAAUCUCAAGUAGACGAGAAUGAAAAUAACAACAAAAUGUCAGUUAAUGAGGGACAAAGUCUUCCAAUUGAACUUGAAGCUAGCGAGUCUGUUAAUGGAGAUCCCGAUACUAAGACCAAGCUGACUCUUAAUAAUCAUGAAAUUGACCAGGACGCCUUGACAGAAGACUUUUUGGGUGAAUCCCCUUCAGAAAAUGGCAAUAAUGGAGCCGCCACUGAAAGUAACGAAGGUAAUGAAGAUUCUAAAGGAGAAGAUGCUACCAUUCCAGAAAUAGUAGAGCAAAAUGUUGAAAUUAAAGAAGAAGCGGCUAGUAUAGAUGAACCUAAAGAAGAUAAUACAAAGGUGAAUGAAGACGAGGCAAGCGAACUCAAGUUGAAGGAACCCAAAAAUUGCCAGGUUGAAGAAGAAGAAAAAGAAGAAGAAGUAGCCGAUCUAAAGGUAAACAAUCUUGAAGAUAAAACCAAGGAGGAAGAUUCUAAAGAUGAAGAGGCCAAUGUUGAAGAAGUUAAUGUUGAAGUAGCUCGGGCAAAAGAACCUAGGAUAGAACAACGCAGCAUAGAAGAAGAUGCGUCUGAAGGACCUAAAGAAGCUGAAACCAAACCAGUCGUUCAUGAUGAAGAAACCAAGGAAGAUGGAAUCAAUCCAGUCGCUAAAAUUGAAGAAACCAAAGAAAAUGAAACAAAUUCUGUAGCGAAAGUUGAAGAAACAAAAGAAGAUGAAACCGAAGAAGUAGUCCCUAUGGUUGAUGAAACUAACGAUGAAGGAGCCAAUAAGGUAGAAGAAUCCAAUGAAGAAGAGAAAAAGGCUGAAGGAGAAGUAACUGAAGCAGGGGAAGCCAAAAAUGAAGCGACUUCCAAGAAGAACGCUAAGAAGAAGAAGAAGUCGAAGAAGAAGAAGUAG